AUGAUUGCCGAUUUAAGAAAAAUAAGUAAUGGAGCUGGUUCAGCAAGAGCCGUCUAUCAACAUGGUCAUUUUUGUAUACGUGCAUUUCAUCGUCUUAUUACACAUCCAAUUUAUUCAUGUUUCUUAAUUUUUAUUAUAUAUUUACAAAUAAUGGAUGUUAUACUUUAUUUUAAAAUACGUUCACGAAAACAAUUAGAUUUAAAUAUAUCAACAAUAAAUCAUACAAAUUUAAAUUUUUAUGAUCAAAAAUUAAGUCAAAUAUCAAAUGAUAUACAUAUUUUCAGUUCAUUACCAAUUAAAAAAAUUAUGGUUGGACAAGCUACUCAAUUUGUUCGGUCACCAUUAGCUGAAUGUAUUGAAUCAAAACUUCAUUUUACAUAUUAUUUGCCUAUGAUAUCAGCAAAUAGUGUCUCAUUUUUUCAUUGUUUCUUAUCAUUAAUCUCAAUAAAAUUUUUAUCAAGUGAAUCUUUACAUCGACGACAAAUUGGUGUUGUAAUUUUUCAAUUUCGAACAUUUCUUGAUUGUCUUGAUGGUGUUGUUUUUCGAGCACAUUCAAAAAAUCAACGUUAUAAAUCAUAUUAUGGUGAUUUAGGUUAUUAUGUUGAUGCGAUAAGUGAUAUUUUAGGUGGAACAUGUCUUAUUAUUGGCUGCUUACUUUAUUUUUUAAAACAACGACCAUUUCGUUUGAAAACACGUCAGAUGAAUCAAUCAUUAUCAGCACAUUCAAGUCCAGCAAGUGAUUUUGGACUUGAAGAAACAGAAUUAAUGAUAUUAAAUCUUAAAGAUGAAUCAAAAUUAUCAUUAACAAACGAUAUUAAUAAUAGUAUAUUUGAAACAAAAGAAAAAAUUAUUAUUUCAUUAAGUCUUUUUGCAUUACGUUAUUCAUUAUCAGCUAUGUUUUGGGAUAGAUAUGUACGACAAUAUGAAGAUUUAUUAGAUUCUUAUAAAAAUAAAUCACAACAACAAGCAUUACAAUUAAAUUUUCUUCAUUCACCAUUAACAAUAUUAAUAUUUUAUUUAUGGAGAUAUCUAAGUGCGCUUAAUUUUCAAGAUUGUCUUCUUGUUGCGAUAUUCGCUGAUGGAACAUGGAAAUUUAUACAAAAAACAAGUAUGAUUGGUUGGAUAACUUUAUUAGUAACAGCAUUUGUAACAGAAUUACAUGUUGAGCAAAUUCGAUCUGUAUUUUCGAUUAUUUGA